AUGAUCCUGAGUAUCCCCGAGGAGUACCGCGACAAGCUGGGACUCGUUGAGCCAACAGAUUGCCGGGCAGAUGAACAAAUCCUUGCAAGCCUGUCAGAAUACAAGCCAGUCACAUCGGAGAAGAACGUUUGGGCUUAUUGGCAUUCCGGAUUGAGCAACAUGCCCAAGUGGAAUCAGAGGAAUGUCAUCGACUGGGUUCGUAUCCUGGGCCCAGAUUGGACCGUCCGUGUUUUGGACAGUGUAGCUGGAUCAGUUAAUCAUGUCUUGCGAUUCGCCCCAGAGAAUCUUAUGCCUCCGGCUUUUGUGCAUCGGACCAUGGAUGGACCGUUUGUGGGCCAGCAUGGCGCUGAUUUGACACGCACAGCGUGUCUAUAUGAGCACGGAGGAGUAUGGAUGGACGUUGGAAGUUUCCUCGUUCGACACCUUGAUCGUGUUUGUUGGAAUGAACUAGAAGAUCCUAACUCGCCAUAUAAGGUGGCCAUGUUUAUGCUCUGGGGACUUGCACCUGGCAACUUCUUUGUGGCAGCUCGAAAGAAUGACCCUUUGAUUUACCAAUGGUAA